AUCGAAUACAAUCACUGAUGUAAAAUAAUCUCAGCCACCACCGAGGUACAAACCAUCUCCAUUUUACGGUACACACCACUUCAUAUAGCUUGACACCGGUACUCAAUCCUCAAUUGUAAAAUCGAUACCAUUGGGAACAGUACUGUUGGCUUACGAGAUGUAUUUUCUGUUUAGAAUAAUCUUCCUGCUCGGGGUGUUGCUUACGGUUACAUCUGGUUACCGAAUCCUCGGCAUUAACAUGAGUCCAAGCCGAUCACACGUCAUAGUGCAGGAGGCAUUGCUCAAGGAACUUGCUAGAAGAGGUCAUCAUGUCACAAUGGUCAGCCCGUAUCCGUUGCAGUCCCCAUUGGAUAAUUAUCGGCAUAUCACUAUUCCAAUGCCAGAUUGGAGCAAAGGUGCAAUGAAAAAUCUCAUGAGGGAUCAAUCGCAGUGGUCAAUGGUGAAAACUUUCCCGGAAAUGAAUCGCAUAGCUCUGGAGUCCGCGAACAACAGCAUCCAUCAUCCCGAAGUCCACAAGAUCAUCAAAGAAGAAAAAUUUGACCUCUUAGUUGUGGGGCUGAUGGCGGAUUUUCUACUCGGCGUAUCGAACUGGAUAGGGGCUCCCACCGUAGUUGUUAAUCCAAACGCGGCAAUGCCCCUAGUUAACGAAAUGGUAGGAAACCCAUAUCCCAUUGCAGCUGUUCCUAAUACUAUGCGAGGCAUGUUAAAUCCAAUGGGUUUCACCGGUAGAAUGCAGAACCUGUUAAUCUCAUUCCUAGAGGAUGCUUUCAAUUGGUAUAUGAAGCACACUUCGGAGCAGUUUUACGACUCCGUAUUCCCUCGUGGUCAGUUCCCAUCAUAUGACGAGGUUCGUCGAAACGUAUCACUCGUAUUGAUUAAUCAGCACUUCACGAAAACCUCGCCUCGCCCCUACGUUCAAGCAAUGGUAGAGGUCGGUGGACUGCAAAUCAAACAAACUCCAGAUCCUUUGCCGGAAGACCUUCGAAAGUGGACGGAUGAGGCAGAAAACGGUUUUAUCCUCUUCAGCUUGGGCACAAAUCUACUGAGUUCAACCAUACCGAAGGAAAAACUUGAUGCUUUGAUCAACACGUUCGCAAGAUUGAAGCAGCGAGUGAUUUGGAAGUGGGACGUUGAACACAUGCCAAACAAACCGGAGAACAUUCUUCUGAAAAAGUGGCUACCACAAGACGACCUUCUGGCGCACAAAAACUGUCGCCUGUUUGUAAUGCAUGGUGGUUUAGGCGGCGUAGCAGAAGCUCUGUUCCACGGUGUUCCUCUACUGGGUAUGCCAUUUUUCGGAGAUCAACAAGCCAACACUCUUGCAGUGGAAAAGGAAGGUUGGGCAGUAAUCGUUCAGUUCGCCGACCUAACGGAAGAAACAUUCUCUUCAGCAAUGGAUGUGAUUCUGACCAACUCAAGUUAUACUGAAAAAGCGAAGCAACUGUCGAGUUUGUACCGAGAUCGGCCACAGUCAGCCAUGGAUACUGCGGUGUUCUGGACAGAGUACGUUAUGCGACACAAAGGUGCACCACACAUGCGUUAUCCUGGAGUGGAUCUAAACUUCUUCCAGUUGCACAUGCUCGACUUGUUUGCAGUAAUUUUUGUAACUUUAUAUAUUGCCAUCAAAAUAGUUUCACUCGCGUUUAGGAGAAUUUGCCGCAGAAAGCAAUCGAAAUUGAAAGUACGAUGAUUAUGCCAGUGAAAAAACCCAAACAAAUCUCCAAAAUGAAUCAUAUCAAAGUAAAUAAACUAGUAUCUAAAGUG